AUUUGUUGAUCGUUGUAAAGUUAGCAUGUUGUUUUUGUGGUGAGAGUAAUUUGAAGUCAUGGGGAAGCUGCGGUUUGGAAAAAUGUUAGAUAGGUUGUGUUUGUCUUCUUCUUAUGGUACAAGCUGCUGUAUAUGUAUCAAUGGGUAUGGAUCAAGUUUUGAUGGUGUGGAUGACCUAGAGAAGGAGCCAUUGGUUGGAACUGAAGGUGGUGAAUUGGUCAGGCUCAAGGAUUUUGUUGAGGAACCCAAGUCUUUGGCUCUUCAGUUAAAACCAAAGAUAGUUGUGCUAAGAGUAUCCAUGCACUGCAACGGUUGUGCAAGAAAGGUUGAGAAACACAUCUCAAAGAUGGACGGAGUGACAUCCUACCAAAUAGACCUGGAAACAAAAAUGGUGGUGAUAAUGGGAGAUAUUGUACCUUUUGAAGUGGUGGAGAGCAUUGCUAAAGUAAAAAAUGCAGAGUUUUGGCAAUCUCCUUCAGUUGAUCACAAGACAUAAUCAACCUCAUAGUUAUUGUUUAAACAUUCUAGUUUAAGCACCACAUGAGACUAACUGCCUUCAUAAUCUUGCUCAAUAAUUAUUGCAAGCAAAUAAUAGUUUACUACUAGAUAAUUACAAGCUAUAUUUAAAGUGUCGCAUAUGUACAA